ACAGCUUAAACUUUGACACUUCUACACCUUGUACCACAUACAUCUCUCGAUAUCAACUUUCAAGAUGGAGCCUAUCGUCAACUACAACCACAACACCUGCCCCAAGUGCAGCGCUACCAUUGAGGGCGCCGGCAAGACCUGCGGUAGCUGCGGCGCUCACUGCCCCGUCUAAACUUCCAACGGAGAAAUUCACGAAGACAUGAUCGAGACGAGUUGAGAUAUCGGGUGUUAGGGAUGCAUACAACGGAGUGCGGGUUGGCGAUUUGGGCGGAUGUUGUGACGAGGCCGCUGUUUGAUAGCGUCACUCUUUUUUUGUUUGGAAGGCUGUUGAUGGUUGUUUAACCUCUUGGCUUUGGGCGGUACUCUGUAGCGGAGAUUAAGCUCGCUCUUUUAUUCGACCUUAUUGAAACAAGACUGAUACUCAUCUCAA